UUCUCUUCUGCCUGCGUGAGAGGAAGUGUGCCUUUCCUGCCAGGGGAGGGUCCUGGAUUAACUCAGCUCUGUCUGCCCUCAUACCAAACGCUCAGCUGAUAACUGCUGCCGAAGGAUAUACUGUAGCCAGACUGACUGCACUGCUAACUGCUGCUGUGGUUUAUAUUGGCAGACUGCAGUGGAGAGCAAGAGGAGGAGAUUGUUUUCAGUUUCUGUGUGGAGGAGGGAGGAGGGAGAAAGAAAGAACGCUAACUUCACCAGAGCUGGUGGUUUUGCUGCUGUAGGGAGAGGAAAAACAGAAUAACGGAGGCAGAGAAAGAGAAAACGAUCUUGUGUCAGGCUUAAUGGCCUGAUGGGGGAGAUGUCCAAGGUUUAACGCAGCAUGUCCAUUGGAGCGAGGCACCCAGAGGCCGAGACAGGAUUUGUUCCUAGUGUUCAAGACUUUGAUAAGAAGCUAGCUGAAGCUGACGCCUACCUGCAGAUUCUGAUUGACCAGUUAAAGCUGUUUGAUGAGAAGAUCAAGGACUGCAAAGAGGAUGAAUCACGCAGAAAAAUCGAAAAUUUGAAGGAGACUACUUGUAGCAUGGUAGAGUCCAUCAAGCACUGUAUUGUACUGCUGCAAAUCGCCAAGGACCAAAGUAACGAACAGCAACACGCAAACGGACUUAUAAGCACCAUAAACCCAGUGGAUGGGAUCUACCAACCCCCUCUGGACACUCCUGUAGUCAACACCACGAUGCCAACACAGACCACACUACCCACAGACGCUUCUCAGGUGUGUAAAUCAGACCAACGACCCUCCACGUUACCUGUUGGUCCCGUCGUCACAGUGAUGGGCAGUCUGCAGACCCCAACUCCCAACAGCACAGGGAGUGGCCCGUCAGGCCCCAGCAGCGGCGUCGCCUCUCCUGCUCACAUCCCCCUCCCCUCGCACUCGGUGCCAGACUUCUCCUACUCCUCCAGCGAGGAUGAGUUCUAUGAUGCUGAUGAGUUCUACCAGAGCAGCACUUCCCCCAAACACUGCAUAGAUCCCUCAGGGCCUCAAGCUGCCUCGCCCCUCACUAAUGAAGCGACAGCGUUGAAACGACCAGACACCACCGAGUCCCUCAACUCUUCCAUGUCCAACGGCACCACAGAUGCAGACCCGUUUGAUAGCCACGACGACCGCGAUGAUGAAGGCGAGGGCGAGUCCGUGGAGGAGCACAAGAGCGUCAUCAUGCAUCUUCUCUCCCAAGUUCGAUUGGGAAUGGACCUCACAAAGGUGGUGCUGCCUACCUUCAUCCUAGAGAGGAGAUCUUUGUUAGAAAUGUACGCAGACUUCUUUGCACAUCCCGACUUAUUUGUAAGUAUCGCUGAUCAGCCGGAGCCCCGGGAGCGCAUGGUUCACGUGGUAAAGUGGUACCUGUCAGCGUUCCAUGCGGGGAGGAAAGGUUCAGUGGCCAAGAAACCUUACAAUCCAAUCCUGGGAGAAGUCUUCUACUGCCACUGGGAUCUGCCCAGCGAAUCAGAGGAGCCUUCCCUACACACGGAGACGGUGUCAGAGGGUCCAGUACCGUGGUCGUCAACCAACAGCGUGUGUUUUGUGGCAGAGCAGGUCUCUCACCACCCACCCAUUUCUGCAUUCUACGCAGAGUGUUUAAAUAGGAAGAUUCAGUUCAACGCCCACAUCUGGACCAAGUCUAAGUUCUUAGGCAUGUCCAUAGGUGUCCACAAUAUUGGCCAAGGUUGUGUGUCGUGUUUGGAGCAUGAUGAACACUACAUCCUCACCUUCCCCAACGGAUAUGGCAGGUCGAUUCUGACUGUGCCGUGGGUGGAGCUGGGCGGGGAGUGCAGCAUCUCCUGCUCUAAGUCGGGCUACAGUGCGAACAUCGUAUUCCACACCAAACCCUUCUACGGAGGAAAGAAGCACAGGAUCACCGCUGAGAUUUUUGCACCAAAUGAUAAGAAGUCUUUCUGCUCCAUCGAGGGAGAAUGGAACGGAGUGAUGUACGCCAAGUGGGCAACUGGGGAGAACACAGUGUUCAUAGACACUAAGAGGAUAGGCAUCAUUAAGAAGAAAGUGAGAAAGCUGGAAGACCAGCUCGACUACGAGUCCCGAAGAUUGUGGAGAGACGUGACGUUGAACCUGAAGCUGAAAGACAUCGAUGCAGCAACAGAUGCCAAACACCGGCUGGAGGAGAAACAGAGAGCCGAAGCCAGAGAGAGGAAGGAGAACGAGCAGCAGUGGGAGACCAGGCUAUUCCACGAGGACGGGGAGUGCUGGGUCUACGACGAGCCUCUAUUAAAGAGAUUAGCCUCUCAGAGGCACUGAGCAGACUACGCACACAGAUAACACACACCAUACGUAUGCAUAAAGAGAUGCACACACACAACAGAGUCUUCAUAAGAACUCUUUUGCAAAACCACUUCUUUUCCAAGCCUUGGAAUGACUGAUGAUUGAAUAUGUACACAGCUUUGCAUUUGACUGUAAAACAACAAUAUGGAAAUGAAUGAAAUCAAAUGGAAAAGCAUCUAAGAUGUAACAUGAAAACUAGUAAAGCUCCUCUCCUUAUUUGGGCAAUGUCACUUCCACCGCCACAGAUACCCGCCAACACAAGACUUGGCAGCGCAGAGGGUUGACACGUCUCUCAGCUCUGUCCGUCAGCUUCACGGCCACACCUCUCAUCAGGUCCACAGGACGAGCCACUCGUUUCCCUACACAGAUGUUUUUUGGGAAGGGGGGGCAAAAGUGUGUGUGGUCGAUGGUGUUCAAAUCAAAUAAACCUUGACAAAUAAAACGGCGCUCUACAUCUCAGGGAAUCUGGUGACUGAGGAAAGAAAGCUGCUGCCCCCUCCGAGAGUCUGACAGCCUUAUAACGGUGGAAGGGACGAAUCUUAAAGGGGCGGGGGAGGAAUUCUCCGCUUGCCUGCAACUAGUUGUAACUGUUGUUUAUAUAUAGAUAUACAUAUGAUGGAUAUAUAAAUAUAUAUUCUUUUUUAUUUUCAAUGCUCUUUUUGUUUAUUUUUUUUCUUUCUGGCAAUAGUGUAAAAUAUUUGAGGAUAUGAACUUGAUGGCUUUACAUCUUUAGGAAUCAUUCCAUUUACCCUUUUGGUGUUAUGUUCCCAUUUCGAGUUAACUUUGCCGCCUAUGUGGUCCUUCACACUGUUCUGUGUCUCAAGUGUUACCCAGAAGCAAAGCCCUACCUAAGCCAUAGCAUCUGAACACGCUGAUUUGUGGAAUAUAUGCAAUAUAGAGCUCAUUGACUUCGCCUGUCAAAGGACAAAUUCGGGUGUCCAUUAUGCCAAAAAGGUUUAGAUAUAAGGCUAAAGGGACUUUCAUCUGGACAGAGAUCAAACAAUCCUCUGAAAAUGUGUCCAUGUUACCUGAAGGCAUUUAUGAACAAAUGAUUGUUUACAUAUUUUUGUCUUUCUGGUUCGCUGGUUCAUGAUGUAAGGCUAGGACCGAGUCUGUUUAGUCUCCCUUUUUGUCCCUGUGUCCUCUCCAAACCCAAAGAUGUCAGAGUGGAUCACCCUCACGGUUCACGUGUUGUCAGAGGGAGAGGAGAGUAAAAAUCGAGGAACCAGAGUAGACUUUUGAAACGCUGCUGCUGUUUCUUAGAGCUGCUAUGAGUCCAGACUGUGUUCUUCCGGAUCAGUUUUCUUGUAAACUUAUAUUUUUUGUCCAUUGUUUUUUGAGAUAACAACCACAUAGAGGGCAAUAUCUAUCCUCCUGUACACCUCUGCUUUAUUGAAUCAUCAUUCAUUCUCUUAUUUACAGCUACAUAGGUUGGAUCUAAAUGCAAUGAUACUUGGAUGAAAUACAGAAAUAAAAAACGAUUUUCACCUGAAAAUGCCCGAGAAUAUCUCUCACAGCAGUCCCUUGUUAUAUCUGUCAACAUUUAAGAUUUGAUUAUCGUAUGCUCUAGAUUUUUGACCUGUGUGAAUAUGGUUGAUUUAAAUGAAGAUUAAAAGACCUCUGAGUCUUAAAAUCAGUGAAUCUGGUGAAGGAAUCUAUAAAGGUAAACAUAUUCCUGGUGCUGUAUGCAGAUCAAGUGAAAAACGUGUUGAAUUUAAUCCUCCUCUAAAAGCAUACAAAAUGCUGUUUAAGUGAAGCCAAAUGAAAUCCAGUGUCCAAGCUAAAUUUGAAAUUUUUAAUUUUUUUCCCUCCAUGUUAUUAUGUCUUUGUAAAUUAUAUUGAAUCGAGGCCUUGCCAUACAUUUCAGUAUCACUCAGUAUCGCCUGAUAGAGAGCAAUCAAAAUGUAUUUUUUAUUUCAUUUUGAUCAUAACCAUUGAUUGUAUCAGAUUUUCCUGUUUAUUGAUGCAUAAUAUUAAAUCUCCAUGAGUUUAUUCCUGAGAGAUUUUGUCAUGGUUAUUUCAGAUUAGUGUCGUUGCUGAAAACCUUGUGACGGGGUCAGAGAGGAAAGACAACAUGACGGCUUCAUUAUUCAUCCAGAAACCAACCAGUGCUACUAAACGCUGGAAAAACGCUAAUUGGUGUCAAUUAGUUUAUGAUAAUUCACUUAAACAGAACUUUAUUUGUGAACAUGCACCAUGUCAUCAUAAUAAAAACGGAUUCUUAAAACCAGUUUUUGACACUGGUUACCUGUACAACACAUAGCCAGAAGGUUAACUAAUAACACAGGGCCUUUUUUACUUGAUGUAUUACCUUAACAAAUCUUAAUUAAAUUACACAAAAUCAGUUGACCAGCUCCAGCUAUGAACCUGGGGCUUCUGGGGCCCACAGGGUCUUGGGGCCUCCGAGCAGUUGCUCACCUUGCCUGUUUGGUGAUCCAGCCUUUGUGAGUUAACUUGGUAACGUCAUAUACAAAAACAGGAUAACACAUCCUCAGAAAAUCUGAUGUGUAACAUUAGCUUCAGCAUUUUGUUGAGUAAAGUCUCAAGCGAAUAUAUUUAUUACAGUACGUUUUUAAUAUUGGUGCUUACUUCUUUGAAAUUCCCCUUGCAAGUUUAACAAAGUGAACCUCCUUCUGCAACCUGAGAUAAAGCUGAGGAAGAUGAUCAGAUGGGUUUGAAAGCCCCAGAUAAAGUGAAUAAGUGGACCUUGAGUUAACAUUAUUAUGACUCAAACUACUCUUUUCAAGGUCAAUACUACUGUUUCCAGUGGUAAAAUGUAACUAAGUACAUUUACUCAUGUACUGCACUAAAGUACAACUUUGACGUAGUUGUAUUUUACGUAAGUAUUUCCAUUGUAUACUACUUUAUACUUACACUACAUUUUGAAGGCAAAUACUGAACGUUUUACUUGACUAAUAUGUUUGAUAACUUUAGUUUCUAGUCACUUUACAAAUUCAGAUUAUUAAUACUCAAAUUCACCUAUAAAUUCUGAUGAAUUAAUAAAUGUAAUACAAUAAUAAUAAUAAUAAGAAUAAUAAUAAGAAUAAUAUAAUAUCACUGAAUCUGAAAUGGGCCAUUCUGUGUAAUGAGUAUUUUCUCUUGGUGCUUAAGUAAAUCAAAUCAAGUUUAGUAUAUAGCACAUUUAAAAACAACCGCAGUUGACCAAAGUCCUGUACAAAUUAAAGAACGAUACACAAAUAUAUAGUAAUAUAACAUGUACACAAAUAUAAAACAGAAAAACACCAGUAAGAACAAUAUAAAAAUAUUAGUACCACUACAAACAACCAAAGGCCAUUGAAAACAUUACGUUUUAAGAUUUGAGACAAAUGACAAGAGACUAAUGCUAAUGCUUUUGUAGCCUCCUUUUACUUGAGUAGGACUUUGAAUGCAGGACUUUUACUUGUAGCUGCGUUUUUACAGUGUAGUAUUUUUACUGUUAGUUGAGUAAAGAUUUAAAUACUUCUUCCAUCACUUACUAUUUCGCACGUAAUUCAAUUUUUAAAAUAUAUUUUAAACAUUUUUUUUUUUUACCUUUUUCUUUUGAUAACACGAAUGUCCAGCAGGGGCGCUGACCGUUGAAAAAUUCUCCCAUCAGCCACUGCGACAUCCUCAAUAAAAAGGCUCCGCACCCUCUGCCUGUCCUCACUCUUCUGCCACGCAGCAGGCCUGUCGACAGGAUCUCUGCAAAAUGAAGGUGGACGUCAGAUGGCUCAAAAUGAUAAGCAUUGACCAACAUGAACUACUAUACCGGUCUCUGCAAAGUCAGGACACAUUAAGCUGGAAGCUGAAAAUCUGAAUGAACUGAUAGACGAACAAGGUGUGCUUUCGUUGGUUGACUUGACCUUCGGUGACAUCCAGGACAGAUGGUCCUGGUGUUCUUUGAUCUUGCUUUCAUCUUCUCAGAGCAGCUACAGGAAUAAGAACAUGGCAGGGCUGAAGACACAGAAUCGCAGCAAGAACAUGGCGGAGCUAAAGACAAAGUGAAGACAUGAAAAACCUUGGCGAAUCUACAGCCUUGCAUUGAUCAAGUGGGAUUGGGACAGAUGUGUGAACAAGAGGUCACACACAAGCAUGGCUAUGAUGGCAAUGCUGGAUUGAACAGCAAAGACGAUCUGCUGAGGAAGGAGAGCUGCAUCUGCCAGUCUGACCUUGGAGUGCAGCUGUGAAGCCCUUUGGCCCUGAUGAUCAAGCCACCCAGCAGCUGUGGCAUCCAGCCUGUGUUGAAACAUCCUUGAGCAAGACAGGGCCCCAAACUGCUCCUAAUGGGUGUGCCAUCAGUAUGUGUGAAUGUUUAACGGGGGUAGCCCCAGCCUCCAGUGUGUGAAUGUGGCAUGUAGAAAUGUGAAUGCAUUAUCAUGAAUAUCAAGAACUUGAAGUGCUUUUGCAAAAUUGUGGCAAUAAACUAUAAAAUAAA